AUGCCUCGUCAACGUUCCGCCGGCCGCGCCCCCUCGCGCCCUACCGUCCCGGCCGCGAAGCCCGCCCCCGUCCAGUCUCGCCCGGCCACCACCAUGGCCGCUCCCCAGCAGCACGCCGCUCCUCCCCCGGCCGCCGCUGCCCCUCCCGCCGCCGCCGCUCCCCAGGGCCCCGGCCUGAUGGGCCAGAUGGCCAGCACCGCUGCCGGUGUCGCGAUCGGUUCCUCCAUCGGCCACGCCAUCGGCGGCCUCUUCGGAGGCGGCGGCUCCUCCGAGGCCGCCCCCGCCCCCGCGCAGUCCGUCUCCCCCGUCGCCGCCGCCACCGAGUCCUCGACCACCCAGCAGUGGGGCAACAACUGCGCCGGCGCCGCCCAGCAGUUCACCAAGUGCAUGGACGAGCAAGGCGGCAACAUGCAGAUCUGCAACUGGUACCUCGACCAGCUCAAGGCCUGCCAGGCCGCCGCCAGCCAGUACUAG